CAUACUUUUAGGGCAACAAAUAGUGAUGGCCGUGCAGGGCAGUUCCUCUCCCAAGAGGCCUUUACUCCAGGGACCUACAAGAUGUUCUUUGACACUGGGAAUUAUUUCAAGCAGCAAGGAACCACAGGAUUCUAUCCAUAUGUGGAGAUUGUAUUUGUUAUUGAAAGGCCUGAAGAACAUUACCAUAUUCCUCUUCUCUUAAGUCCAUAUGGAUACACUACCUACAGAGGCAGCUAAAUGCUACUUUAUCCUGAUUCAUGUCCAACAUGAUACCUGAAGAUUACUGCAAAGAUUGCCUGGGUUAUACGGGAAGGUUGAGUAUUGUUGUUCUAAAACUGUACAAGCAGUAUCAAUUAUUUUUUCUCAUGUUAAUCCAUUUUGUGCAUUUGUUUACUGUUACAACUAAUAAAAAUCACUGUCUUUAAUCAAAAUAGAUUAAGGGCCUUUUAACCUUUUUAAUACAAAAUACUAGCUUAAGGAAAGAAUAUCUUGCUAAUGUGAUAUAUUAAUACAUUAUUGUUUAUUGGCAGAAAUGAGAAUAUUUUGAAUGGGUAGAGAAUGAAAAUGAUCUUUUAUAUCCUUAUUUUUUUUAAAAAUUAUGAUAAAGACAAUUGUAGUGCAGAAUGAUUUUAUGUUAUGUUAAUAGUGAAUGCUGUAGAAUAGCAUGCCUUGGCGAAUGAUAGGUCUUUGUUUUAGUAUCAGUCACAAAAGCCUAUAAAUGUACUACUGAAGUUAUUCAGGAGCUUUAUACACUGAAUCUUAUGUGUAAAGGUUGGUUUCGAUUCUAUGCCCUUGGUGAUACAAAACUAAGAUGGUCCAGCCUUUAAAAGCAUAUAAGAUAUACAAUAGUUUUAUUGUUGUGUCUGCUGUAAGUUGGUGCUAGAAAAAAAGUACUUGCAUGCCUUGAUUUGUAUUUCAAAUAAUACAACUUUAAUUUAUAAGAAAACGAAAAGUAAGACCUGUUUUAUGUUACUAAAAUUAAAUUUUCAGUUAGUUUGCCAACAAUCAGUUACUACUAAUCUUUUGAAUAUUAAGUUUUUAAAGCAAUAGCUUCAUAAUUUUGGAUGGUUUUGGCAGUGCCCUUGAUGUCAGAUGUUAUUUUACAAUUUUCUUAGAUUUGGUCUUCCAUUCAUCUAUCUCUUUAAAUUUCAUGAGCAUUUGUGCCAAGAUAACCAAUUGUUUAUAAACUGAUUUUGUAUUCAAUAACUUUGAUAUGAAAUAAGGGAUAAAACAGGUACAGAUUCAACAUUUUUGGUGGUCCAAGCCCAGGCACAAUUGCCAAAUUGAAGAUCAUUAGAUAUGGGCGUUGGCAUAGCUGUUUUGUUCAAAAGCUUUGGCAAAAGACAUUGCUCCUAAAUGGGGGGCCGCUUGCCAGGUACACCCCCAUUGGAUAUGAAGUACCUCAGGCGAACCAUUUUAUGAUUUUUGUUUGAAAAUUAUUUGCCAGAUUUAGUGUGGUGGUGAAAGAAAGACCUUGAUUGCUUUCAUACACACUCAUUUUCCAGAUCUGAUGUUACUAGAUCAAAGACAACACAAAGUUAAAUUAUUCAAUUUAUUAAUUGAGAAACAAAAAGACAAGUCAUAGGGCACCUUCCACAUCAUGGGGAUUGUAGUAAGUAAUUAUGUUAAUCCUUUUAUAAUAUUGGAGUAUAUAUUGCAUAUGAUUGUCAUAAUCAUAACUGUUAUAUAUUUGUUAUUAUUGAUAUUAUUGAACUAAAACGAAGUCUAAAGAAUAGAUAGAAAGAACCUUCACCAGACUAAUGUGAUCAAAGUACUAUUGAGAAGUAACUGCUCCACCUUAAUUAACUAAGUAAUUACGAUAGUUAUAAGAAAAUAGUGGAGUGGUGACAAUCCGUAAAAUCUUUUUUGUAUUUUUCUCUCAUUCAUUAUCAUUAUCUGCAGUGUUAUGCUAUGGCAGAAUGAUUCUGUGAUAUUUUGCAAACUGUGCUGUUGUUAUUAAGUAUAAAUUCCUUUAUAUUACCAGUAGAUAGAAAAAGUAAAAUCAAAAGUUAGAUUAUGUAAAUCGUAAAUAUAUUGAACCAAUCUUUUGUGUUUGGUCCAUACAUCAGCUGACCUAUUUUAUGACUAAUCUUGUACUUCAAAAUUAAUAUAUAUAUGAUGGGAAACUGUUAUGAUAUAGACUAAUACACUAAUACUCAAAUAAAUUUAUAAUGAUUCAAAA